AUGCAGGCCUCGGGCGAGGACGGUGGCUGCGUGCUGGAGGAGGACCCGCUGGCGUGGGUGGUGCGCGUGCCGGAGGGGCCCACGGUGAGCCCCGGCAAGGAGCAGUUCGCGCACCCCUACAGGUUCAUCAGCGAGUACAAAGACGUCCUCGACCGGCACGGUGCAGUGAGGGUGCGACCGCCGGCGUCUUACACAGUUGGGACGAUUGCGGCUGCGAUGUGCAUCGGGCAGAGUAUUCUUGGAUCAGCAGCCGAUGUGAAAUUUGAUGUCACGACCCGCACCAUGGGGAGACAAGGCCAAACAACAACAGGGAAAGGGAACCUGAGGGAUUUUUCUUGCGAUGCACAAAGAAUUUGUCUUCAUUAUUGUGGCACGAACACAGAGCCUCCACGAGAGGAAUUUGAGAGGAUAUUUUGGAGGAACAUGACAAUACCCCAGCACAAUCCAGUAGAGUACAAGUUCACAUCUUUGAUACCAAUGUCUGGAUUCUCAAAGGUCCCAGGGCUGAAGAACUCUGCGAGAGAGUGGAACCUGUCGGCUGUUGCACAGGAUAAGAAAUCUUUCCUUCACAAGGUUGGACCAUUACCAGAAACUCUUGACACACACCUCACCCUCCAUUCUACAUUCUCCCAUGUGCCAUGGAAAGUGCAUGGGCUUGGCUUCAUCCACUUCAUGCACUCUGGCCCUGGGACCACCUGGUACUCAGUGCCACCCAGCGGGCUUGUAAGAUUUCGAGAAGUCCUUAAGAUUUACAAGGAUAGAGCUAUGCCGCUUGACAAGCUCAUGGAUGAAGGUGUUCCUGUAUACAAGAUUCACCAAAGAGGCGGUGAAUUCGUUGUUGUGUCUCCAUCCAGUUAUCACUUCAUGAUAAGCCAUGGAACUAUGACAUUGGAGUCUGUCGCAGUUGGUCACAAGGAGUGGCUUCCAGAAGCAUACAAGUUCUACAUGGACCUUUGCAUCAAAGAUCAACUAAUUUUCCCAAAUGAACGGCUCCCUUGGGAGUACAUUAUGAGCAAGGCAACAGAUAAAUUGCACAGAUUGUCACCUCAGUGUAUUGCCGGGGUGAAGCGCAUAAAGGCCCUGCUGCUUGCCAGGAUAGGCCUGCUGCUCAUGAAGGCUGAAAAGCAUGGGCUGGUAUUUCAAAAGUUCCCGCUCACAACUGCAAAAGGAUUCAGAGGUCUUAAAUGCUGCAAGUGCAGAAACAGCUGCUUUCUGGCUGGAGUGGUGCCAGAGUCUGAGUCGAAGUUGGCAAAUGUGGUGUGCCUGAGAUGCACAUUUCCCAAGAAGAAAGGCUACAAGAGGCAUGGGAGGGGUGCUGUGCUGGUCAGUGCCAACUUGCGGCCGGAUGAUGGCCUUUCAAGGGAAGCAUGUGUGCGCAGCGGACCUUGUGAGACAGGGUUCAAUUUUGUGACAAAGCUUGUGGAGAGGCUCUAUGGGCCGGAACUGGACAGCGACAACUCUAAGAAAAGGAAAAUCGAGGAACAAGAUGGCAGGAAUGGUACUCUUUGCCGCAAAAUCACACGGGUGGUGUUCCGUGUACCACAGCUGCCCCAAAACGCGAAUGCGAAUACUGGUCCUGAAAGGUCAAAAGGCCUGGUCUCGGGCUUGGCCUCCAGCAGUGGUGCUGCUCCAAAUGGCAGCGACCCAUCAGCAAACCUGGUGUUGGCUGCAGCCAGGCUCCCAAUGCCAUCCCAAGCCAGGGAUUCACGGAAAUGUGACGAUGUUCAGUGUUUGCCUGGGCUUCCAGCAAGUGACACGUAUGGUCAGGAGCUGUCAGAUGUUGACACUGCAAUGCAUGCAGUGGACGAAGCAGUGGAAGCUUCUAUCGCUGGUGUGCUGGAUGCUGUUUGUGAGCGCCACGAUGCUGAACCUGAAGACAUGGGUUGUGUUGAGGACAGCGCCAUGCCAGACACAGAUUGUCAGCCACUGACGGAAUGGGGAAGGACUGGCAAGGGUGGAAUAUCUGACAGUUGUGGUCAAAGCCUGGCAGUGGAGGCAACAGUGCUGGAGGACACAGGGCACAGACAGUUCGAUGGAGCAGCUGUACGCCAGAUAGGUGCAUCACAGACAGACGACAUUGGUGCACUGAAAUCUGUAGGACCUCAUGUGCCCUCUUGCCAACAGACUGCUGUCCCUCAAGAGAAGCUUGAAUCGAACACCGAUGUUCUGUUGCCAGUCAAAGCAGUGACUGGCGAAGCUAUGCCCAGCAGCGGCCACCUCAGUGACAUGGAAGCUGGACACCCGAGCACGCUGUCAUCGCACAUGGUUGAUAUGUCGCAUGAACUGUGCUCAGUGUCGGACGAUGCACCUGCAGAUCCAGCGCCUGUUACCAAGGCAGCAAUGGAGGAUUCAGAAUAUGGCUCGCCUUCACCUGGUUUGUCUAACAUACCAUCCAGGACUCGCAUGAAUGAGGAUUCCAAUGCAGGCAUGGAAGGGACACCUUGCCAGGGGCCAGUGAGACACGUGCAGCACAAUGUCAAAGGGACUCCUGACACUGAAGAGCAUUGUCAAACAGCAGGGACCAUUGUUUCACCACCAUGCUGCGAAUCUGCCAAAGGUGGUGUGUGCAGGCCCCACAACUGUCUGUCGUCUCCCAGCGCAUCCAGGACACCAUGUCAUUUGUUGCAGACACCUUUCAAGGCAUUGGAAGAGGUGGUUAUGCCUGGAUUAGAUGGGCAGACAGAGUUGAGGCGCACUAUUCUCACACAUGAAGAUUCUCCAGGAGAGAAGUAUCUCCUUUUGGAACAACUUUUGGCAUCCCUGUACCCCUCCAAGACACACCAACAAGAGAAGGACCUGUGGCAAAGGACUGCCGAUGUGGCCAGGCGAUUUGGUGUCAAAGUUGACCCCCCUGGAUGGGGCUGGUACAAUGACCGGAUGGAGUACAUACUGGCAGAGAGUGACGUCCUGGUUCUGCAUGCUGCUCUUGAAGGUUUUCCUCACCAAGAGCAGAAGAGGCUGCGGCAUUUUGUGGACGGGGUGUGGUUUGACAGUAGCGACUUGAUGGACGAACAGCAGCUGAUGGGAUGGGUUGGGCGGUUUGUCCCGCUCAUACAUGACACCAUAUAG